AUGUCGCCGGCCACGGUGCAGACCCGCGAUGAGGUACCGCACACCCGCCAACCGGUUUUCCCAGAUCACAUCGCUGAACAUCCCAGGGCACGCGCACACAAGUCGUCCUCGCCGGCGCAAUCUCAGGCCUAAUCUCGCGCUUUUGCAUCGCUCCUCUAGACGUGAUCAAGAUUCGCCUCCAACUUCACUACCAUUCCCUCUCCGACCCUCUCUCCGCGAUCCGAAAGCCGCACACGCCCACGGGCAUCUUGAUCGUGAUCCGGGAUAUUCUGAGACAUGAGGGAAUCACGGGGUUCUGGAAGGGGAACAUACCCGCCGAAGGACUAUACCUGAGCUAUGGCGCUGUGCAAUUCUUAGCCUACAGGAGCACCUCUCAGGCGCUGGAUAAGAUUGCCGAGGGAGGUUUGCCUAGCACAGCGAAGAGCUUCAUUGCUGGUGCUGUUGCCGGGACCGCAGCAACGACUGCCACAUACCCGUUGGAUCUACUGCGUACUCGCUUUGCUGCGCAAGGAACCGAACGGGUCUAUGACGGCCUCCUGGCUAGUGUCCGAGAAAUCACACGGCUUGAAGGCGCCAGAGGCUUCUUCCGCGGUCUCAACGCUGGCAUUGGACAAAUCGUGCCGUAUAUGGGUCUGUUCUUCGCCUUAUACGAAGGCCUCAAACCACGUCUCGCAGCUGUACAGCUUCCUUUCGGAUCGGGCGAUGCGGUUGCUGGUGUGACUGCGAGCAUUCUCAGCAAGACGGCUGUAUUUCCCUUGGACACGGUGAGGAAACGUCUUCAGGUGCAAGGCCCGACAAGAAGCAAAUACAUUGGAGGGGCGAAGAUUCCAGUGUACGAGAGAGGAGUUCUUAGCACUCUUCAGAUGAUCCUGCGCAAGGAGGGCGCGAUUGGCCUCUAUAGAGGCCUCACCGUUAGCUUGAUCAAAGCUGCACCCUCGAGUGCUGUAACCAUGUGGGCGUAUGAAAGGUCGCUCAGCUUGUUGAAGAAGUGGGAAGAUCGAUAG